CUCGGAGAUUACCAUGAUGGAGGUGCAGCAACGUCAUUCCUUCGGCAAAGAGAGCCGUAGGAUUCGACAGCUGGUCGCGACCUGUGGCGCCGCAGGAACCGCGCCGCCAGUCGGAGAUCCGCCGCCACGGCACUACACAUCACGAAAUGCGGGGGCUACAACUACUUGCGAUAGCGCUCGCGAUGGCACAUCAAGGCGCUAUGGCAGACACCGUGGCGCCAACAACGUUGCGACCCGCCUCGAGCAGCCCGACGCCGUCGUGGUCACCUAAUUUGAACGUGACGUCGAGUCCCAGCCCGGCACCCAGCCCCUCUACGACACCGACGCCAACUAUGACACCAACCAUUACGGCAUCACCGACACCCGCGCCAUUGCCGCCAAGCUCCAGUCCAACGCCGUCGAUGAGCCCGACAGCACCACCUUCGCCUUCAUCAAAACCACCAUCACCCGCACCGACAAGCUCCAGCGCCGCUCCCUCCCCUCAAACGACAACAAGGUUACCGGCCACAACUCGUCCUUCCGUGACGACGCCAAAGCCCCAACCAACAACGACGUCCAAGCCCGUAACAACCAACCCACCAACGUCGUCAAGGCACCAGACGUCGACGCCGCCGUCAUCAACGACGCCUACGACGACAACGACCGCCCCGCCCACGACACAGCCGGUGCCACCGAUCGUGACACCGACGUCAACGCCAUCGACUGGCAAUAUCUCGAGUGGCUCUAGCUCCAAUGCCUCGGCGUCGACGCCGUGGGUCAUCGCCGCAGACGUCGCCGGGUGUCUCCUCGUGCUCUUCCUCCUCGUCCAGUACCGGCGAGACGUCUUGCAGCAACGCAUGCUGACAAAGAAAGACGAAGCUACGUCGCCGACGUAUCUCCCGGCCGACAGCCCGUUUUGCUAUGACGAUUUCAAACCGUCGGAGCUCGAGCAGGCCGAGCCGCGCUUCCAGAGCUCCGAGCUGAUCUUUGCCAUCAACACGGGUGGGUACCGCGAUAGCAGCGCGUCCCAUGCCUCCAGCCACCGGUCCAGUGCUCAUCCGCGCGAUGCACUGAGUACGACCAACCAUCGUGACGCGCUUCGCGCAACCAGCCUGCACGACGUUGUCCGCAGUACCGAGCACGACGUGCGCAGUACAAACAGCCUACUCGAAGCGCCAAGCAGCUGGGAGAUGACUUCCUCGUUCACCUCUUCCCUCUCCGCGUCGUCCGAACCCGUCGACACGCCCCGGUUUCAGGAAAUGCUUCAGGCUGCCCGCGGUGGUCUCUUCAAGAGCUAGUGACGCCAUGAGGACUCGGUGUCCUAGUCUAGCUGUACAACUAUAACGUAGAUUCUAUCGCUUUGCCCUAA